UUACUUCUAAUUCGGUUUCAGAUGGUCGAGGGCGAUAAGAAGAAGGUGGCCCCCAAGCGGCACUGCAGCCGCAACCCGGUGCUGGCCAGGGGCAUCGGCCGCUACUCCCGCUCGGCCAUGUAUACCCGCCGUGCCCUGUACAAGAGGAAAACCAGGGCACCUGAAACCAAGAUUGAGAAAAAGCUGAACGAGAAAGCCCCCACUACAGUGAGUAAAACUGUCGGCGGAGAUAAGAAUGGAGGCACCCGUGCCGUCAAAGUGCGCAAGAUGCCACGUUACUACCCUACAGAGGAUGUGCCCCGUAAGCUGCGUAGUCAUGGCACCAAGCCCUUCAGCCAGCACAGGAGGAAGCUGCGCUCCUCCAUCACGCCUGGAACCGUACUCAUCAUGCUCACCGGGCGCCACCGUGGAAAGCGUGUCGUCUUCCUCGAGCAGCUGGGUAGCGGCCUCCUCCUCGUCACCGGUCCGUUGGCCCUGAACCGAGUACCCCUGCGUCGUGCUCACCAGAAGUUCUGCAUCGCCACCACCACCAAGCUGGAUAUCUCCAGUGUGAAGCUGCCCCAGAACCUGAACGAUGCUUAUUUCAAGAAGAAGAGGCUCAGGAGGCCCAAGCAUCAGGAGGGAGAGAUCUUCGACACCGAGAAAGAGAAAUACCAGCUGACCGAACAGAGAAAGGAAGACCAGAAGGCAGUGGACGCUCAGCUGUUGCCCCUUAUUAAAAAGGUUCCUCAGCUGAAGGGCUACCUGCGCUCCCAGUUCUUCCUCUCCAAUGGCGUGUAUCCACACAAACUGGUUUUCUAAAGAAUUACAAUAAACCGCCUGUUCCAUUCA